AUGGCAGCAGCAGUUCUCCAGCCCCUCCAAUCCCUCUCCCCCAACCAUGAAAUCAUGGCCCCUUCCCCCAUCUCCCCCAACGCUUCUCGUCACGGCCGAGGGCGCCACGGCGGCAGCGUAGCAAAAGGGAACAAGGCUCGCGGCCGCGGCUACUCCAUCGUCGACGAGCGAGACACCAUGGUUUCCAAGGCCCUGACCUGGGUCCUGAAACGCACAAUCGAAGAAGGCUCCGAGCAAGACGAAGGAGAAGAGAAGCUCGUGGCGGACUCUGAAGGCUUCGUCAAUUGCGAAGACCUGCUCGCACAACCGCACCUCUCCGCCCUACAAGUCACCUUCCCAGAACUCCAAUCCCUGGUCGCCUCUCCGGCCUCCAAAUCCCGCUUCUCCAUGAAACUCAAGCCAUCUUCCACGGAAGAAGAAGACCUCGACGCCUCCGACUACCUGAUCCGCCUGGCGCCGUCCGCCGCCCCCACAUCCCCGACCUCUGCAUCAGCACCAAAACUCACGCUCCUCUCCCUCACAACCGAAGACCUGCCGGACUUGAUCGUCUACGAAACCUCCUACGCAAACUACCCGCUCAUCUUGGCAUCCGGCUGCAUCAAGCGCGCCGGCGGCCAAGCCGUCCUCUCGUUCUCGCCACUCACCAUCGCCUCCGACGGGUCCGAAAUCAAGGCCGCCUCAGACGCCGACGUAAGCAUCUAUCUCCCGCUCCGCUCGUUGAUGGAAGCGCAGCCCAAGAUCACCUGGUCUCGCCUCGAGAACGGGCAGAUCGUAACCGAGGGCGAUGUCAAGGGCGAGGUGAGCAAGAAGUACUGGAAGAAGGUUGUGGCCAGGAGGGCGGAUAUUGGUGUUUUGUAUGAGGAUGGAGAGGUGCGGAAGGAGGUCCCGGUUGGAUUGAGGGGGAAGGGCGUUAAGGCUAAGAAGGGUGGGAAGGGGAAGGGGAAGGGCGGGCUGAAGGAGAUGAAGACGAGGAGCGAGGAUGAGGGGACUGCAUCUGACUAG